GUCUUCCUCCAAACCAGUGAGAUCCAGCUAGACAUGCGCGCGCGCGCGCAUCUUCGGAGCCUUCCCCACCACUUGGUUCUUCCAGUAGUGAAGGCACCCGGGACUGGCCCCGGUCAUCAUCUCAGGCGCUGCCGGGCCAUUCCGGCGUGCGGGUGCCACGCCAGGGGAGCGCCGGAAGAGAGAGACGCACCAAGGCGAUCUCUUGUAGCCGGCCAUGAACGGCGGCAGCGGCAAGGGGACCCGCCGAUUGAUGUUGGACGCCUAAGGAGGCAGCCCAGCCAGCCAAACGCGGGGGAAACAAACCUGCAGAUAGAUCGCGAAGAAGGCAGACGCAGAGGUGGAAGGGAGGUCGAGGGCGGCCAGGCGGGCGAUGGCCACGGCUGCCGCCGACGCCGCCGCCGCCGUCCCUGACGCCCGGAGGUGGAGCAAGGCCGGCCCUUCGUCGCCGGUCACCACCGCCAUCUUCCUCUUCUUCUUCGUCGUCGUGGUCGGCGUCCUCGUCUCCGCCCGCUGGAUCACCACCACCACUCAUCUGGCAAUCACCAAUCUGGAUCAGUGGCGCACACAGCCGGCAAUCCUGACGGCCACGCUUACCACCUCCAUCCCCGCCAUCCCGGCCGGCCCGCCGCCGCCGCCGGCCACCUAUUCCCUCUCCUGCUCGGCGCCGCCGCUCACCCGCGACCCCGACAUCCCCGGCAACAUCUCCCAGACCCUCUCCCUCGCGCUCUCCGCCAACGUCACCUGCGCCUCCGUCCCCGACCCCCAGCCGAUCCCCCCCGCCGCGGACGCCGACGCCGACGCCAACGCCACCUGCCCCACCUACUUCCGCUUCAUCCACGAGGACCUCCACCCAUGGCGCGCGGCGGGGGGCAUCACGCGCGCGAUGAUCGACCGCGCGCGCGCCACUGCCAACUUCCGCCUCGUUGUGCUCCGCGGCCGCGCCUACAUCGAGCGCAUCGCGCCGGCCUUCCAGACGCGCGACCUCUUCACCAUCUGGGGCAUCCUCCAGCUACUCCGCCGCUACCCUGGCCGCGUCCCCGACCUCGACCUCAUGUUCGACUGCGUGGACUGGCCGGUUGUCCACGCCGACGAGUACCAGGGGGACAACGCCACCGCCAUGCCGCCGCUUUUCCGCUACUGCGGCGACAACGAGACGCUCGACGUAGUCUUCCCGGACUGGUCCUUCUGGGGCUGGGCCGAGAUAAACAUAAAGCCGUGGGAUGCACUGCAGAAGGAUUUGAAUGAAGGCAAUAAGAAGGUGAGAUGGAUAGAUAGAGAACCUUAUGCUUACUGGAAAGGGAAUCCAGAUGUCGCAGCUAUAAGGCAAGAGCUGGUUAAGUGUAAUGUGUCCAGUGAACAAGAAUGGAAUGCACGGAUUUUCAAACAGGAUUGGAUCAAAGAAAGCAAGGCAGGAUACAAGAAAUCAAAUUUGGCCAGUCAAUGCACUCAUAGGUACAAGAUCUACAUUGAAGGAUCAGCAUGGUCAGUCAGUGAGAAGUAUAUCCUAGCUUGUGAUUCGAUGACGCUGGUGAUUAAACCAAAAUACUACGAUUUCUUCUCAAGGGUGCUGAUGCCCACUCAGCAUUAUUGGCCAGUUCGAGAUGACAAUAAGUGUGGCUCCAUAAAGUAUGCUGUUGACUGGGGAAAUUCUCACAAGAAAAAGGCACAACAAAUAGGAAAGAAGGCAAGCAAGUUCAUUCAACAAGAACUUAGUAUGGACUAUAUAUACGAUUACAUGUUUCACCUCUUAACUGAGUAUGCUAAGCUCCUAAGAUUCAAGCCAACCAAGCCACCUGAAGCUGUUGAGGUCUGUCCCGAAUCUUUGGCCUGCCAAGCCAUAGGUCGGGAGAAGAAGUUUAUGCAAGACUCCAUGGUGAAGUCUGCGAACAUUGCAGGCCCAUGCAAUCUGCCUCCUCCCUUCAGCCCUGAUGAAUACAAAAAGCUACAACAGAGGAAAGAAAAGUCAAUUAAACAGGUUGAAACGUUGGGUCAAAAUGCUCCAAAGCUCGAGGAGCGAAAUGCUUCAAAACCUGAGGAUAGCAAUCCCGGGGAGCGAAAUGCUUCAAAACCUGAGGAUAGCAAUCUCGGGGAGCGAAAUGCUUCAAAACCUGAGGAUAGCAAUCUCGGGGAGCGAAAUGCUUCAAAGCCCGAGGAACGAAAUGCUUUAAAACCUGAGGAUAGCAAUCCCGAGGAGCGAAAUGCUUCAAAACCUGAGGAUAGCAAUCCCGAGGAGCGAAAUGCUUCAAAACUUGAGGAUAGCAAUCGUUGAGAACUCCCUAGUUUUUUACUUCCCCGAGAACUCGCGUAUAAAGUUUGCUCAAUUUUUUAGUAUUCAUGGUUGUACUAAUUUUGUAUUGUAAUAUCAACAUCUUCUUAUUUGAAUGUUCAUACGUGAAACAUCUAGAAAAGUUAAAGAUUAUAUUAGAUCUCCCUGAUCCCCUUCCAUUUA